GCCUUAUGAAGGUAAAAACAGAUAUCUCUCUUGGAACAAAUCAGACCCUGACAUAAUACAAAGAGUUGGCACACAGAUGUGCAAAUCAUUCAUAGAAUGCUGUGGACCAAACUGACAUAGGAUUAUUUGUUGUAAUUAGACAUUGCCACCUGAUCUUAGAUAGAGUUUCUUCAACAAUAUAUUCCAAUCUUGAGGACUUAUUAAAACACUGAAAGAAGGUGACGUUUAAUUAGAGCAACUUGUGAUAACCACUGGUUUGUGGUGUAAAAUUAGAGAUUAUUAAGAUCGUGAAGGAAACUGAAGGAGAAUCUCAACCAAGUAAGCACAAUGUAUAUGUUGAUUGUGACAAUAGUGUGUAUGGCGGGGCUAUGGAAAGAGGUCUCUGUAGUGGCCAAACCACAACCACAGCCACAACAGAAAAUCAAAGCUGCUUCAGAAAUUACAGAUCCUGAACAUGUGUGUCUCUACGAGAACAAAACAUACCAUGCAGGUGAAAAAUUCAGACCAGAUUCAUGUACAUUUUGUCACUGUCCAAGACACGGUGGAGAAGCACGAUGCGCUGUACAAGAUUGCUUCUUCAAUCCAAGCUGUAUCAAAUUUGACAAUGAUCCCAAUGAAUGUUGCCAGCGGUGCUUGGAGUAUGGGUGUCAGCAUCAUGAUGGAAAAUUCUACCCCCCUGGGGCUGUGAUCUCAAACAGUCCAUGUGAGACGUGUAGAUGCCCUAGGAAUGGAGGGAGGACUCAGUGCAUAAAGCAAGGUUGUCCCCCCGUGCUGUGUGUAGAUGCUAUACAUAAAGAUGGAGAGUGCUGCCCAAUUUGUCCAAAUGGACCAAACUGUUGGUUAGAUGGGGAGAUAAUUGAGGCUGGUAUUAAAGUCCCUAAAGACACAUGCAAGUUGUGCGAGUGUCCGGCAAGUAAAGGACCACACUGGACACAUGGAAAACACAGAAGAGCUAUCUGUAGCAUGGAUAAGUGCGACUAAGCCAACACGUGUGACUUAGCAAACACAAGUAUGUAGAAGAAGCAGACAUAAGAGUGACAAGACAGACAUAAAUGUGAAGAAGCAGAGAUUAGUGUGACUUAACAGAAAUAAGUGUGACAUGACCUCAGAGUGCAGGAUGUGAAAUAUGGAUAAAUGUGAACAAAAUCAAAUCAAAGAUAUGGUGAUCGAGCCAGAAAAAUAUGUAUUGUUAGAACAUCAACUGAAACACUUGAUUCUGAUUCGUCAAAGAGCAGUCAAUAAUUUUGACUACUGACCAUAAUUAUUUAUGGAUUACGUCAUUUUGAUGUCAUAAUGACGAAUAAUAGGGGAAAAUUGGCAAAAUACAAUGAAUAUGAGUGUUUCAAUUGAGCUGUAAAAGUAAGUUAGCCUGGCAUAAUAUCCUCAUUGGACUAACAAAACAAUUAAGCCUUGACCUAUGGAUUGGAAAAACUUCUGUAUAUUUUAGUAAAUCAUGGAUGGUCGAUUAUGCAUUGAGCCAUCAAUAUGAAAUUAAACUGGCAUAAUGAACAAAAUAUGGAUAAAACAGAAGCUAAAAUGUACAUAUAUUACUAUUAGCUGCAUAACAUGAAUUCAUGAAUAUCCGUGAUAAAUGUGGACCUGAAUAUAUAGAAGACACAAUACAUGUGUCAAU